CAGAGCUCCCACUCCAUUACUGCUACAACUCACAGCCUUCCCCUCAACUGUCCCCGCUACCUAAUUCUCAAGGAACAUCUUCCUAUUAGCAUAUUCAACAUUUCGCUCUCGCAAUGUCUACCUCUGCUCGCCGUCGUCUCAUGAGAGAUUUCAAGAGAAUGCAAACAGACCCGCCGGCCGGUGUUAGUGCGUCUCCCAUUAGCGAUAAUGUCAUGACCUGGAACGCCGUUAUAAUUGGUCCUGUUGAUACUCCAUUUGAGGAUGGCACUUUCCGUCUCGUUAUGCAUUUCGAAGAGCAGUACCCGAACAAGCCUCCGUCUGUGAAAUUCAUCAGUCAAAUGUUCCACCCAAAUGUCUACGCCACUGGUGAACUUUGUUUGGAUAUCUUGCAAAAUAGAUGGAGCCCAACCUAUGAUGUUGCCGCUAUUCUGACCAGUAUUCAAAGUCUUCUGAACGACCCAAAUACAUCUAGCCCAGCCAACGUCGAGGCCUCGAACCUUUAUAAGGACAAUAAGAGAGAAUAUGUUAAGAGGGUCCGUGAGACAGUGGAGAAAAGCUGGGAGGGGUGUUGACACUCACCAUUUACCGAAAGUAGUCCUAUUCUCUUGGGCGUUGAAGGGAUCUUUUUUCUUCUUUUUCUCCAGUCAAUACCAUCGUAGGUUUGAAUGUCGUGGAAAACCUCAACGAGGCUAUCAGAGGCCUGGUUCUUUCUUACUUUACUCCUCAUACCAUUAACUCUCAUUACCCUACCUGGCUUUCGGUUUUUUGUGUCUUUGUUUCUCGCAUUGGUUUCCUCCGCUCUGCAGGGUUUCAUAUUUUUCUGAUAUUUAAUCCUAGGUCUUCCUUGAUCUACUGUUUCCUAAUAAACUCCUCCGUAAUGAAA